AUGGAUUUGGAGAAGAAGCUUGUUUCCAUAAUAUGCCUCCGGGUGGAAGCAGUGGUCGAACUUACAGAAGAUAGAGAAGGAAAAAUUCACCUCAUAAAGAAAGUCCAUGGUGAUCCCAAAGAAAACAAAUGCGAAGCCGACAUCAAAACGUUCACCAAACUUCUUCAAGCAGAAGGUACCAGUUAUGUCUGCUGCGGGAAAUGCUAUGGUAAUGGCCACGAAGAACCUUACAAGAAUCCACCAAUCAAACACCCUCUUCACCCAAAACACAAUCUCAUGUUUGCCGGGUGUGACGGUGAUGUAAAAGCUAGGAAAUGCUUUUGCUGUGAAGAUCCUCUCGAGGAGUUGUUUUACUGCUGUCCAAGUUGUGAUUUUGCUAUAAAUCUGGCUUGCGUCGUGAACAAGCAACCGCUCUUUUCCAUAGAGCAUCCAAAGAGGCAUGAGCAUACAGUCACCUUGUUUCCUAGACAGGUUACCACAAGUUGUAACGUUUGUGCGUUGGAUCAUUCAAGGUGUCCGAUCUACAUAUGUCCUUCUUGUGACUUUGUAGUUCAUAAAAGGUGUAUAGAUCUGCCAUGGGUCAUACGGAUAUCUCGUCAUGAACACCGCAUCUUUUUUACGCCUAAUUUUGACUUGGGAGAUAAUGGGGUUUGUAGCAUCUGUCGUAAAAAGAUUAACAACGACUAUGGAGGAUAUUCUUGUAACAAGGAUGGUUGCUCUUAUGUUGCUCACUCGAGAUGUGCGACGGGAAAAAAUGUUUGGGAUGGGAAGGAGCUUGAGGGAGAGCCAGAAGAAGAGAUAGAAGAAGAACUCGAGCCGUUCAUGCGGUUAAGUGAUGGAAUCAUAAGGCACUUUAGUCAUGAACUCCAUCAUCUUAAACUGAAUGAGGAGACUGUUGAUACAGCUAAUUAUGACGAAUACAAAACGUGUAAAGCGUGCGUCCUGCCUAUUUAUUACGGUAACUUCUACUCAUGUCUAGAUUGUGAUUUCAUCCUCCAUGAAACAUGCGCAAAUCUUUCUCGCAGAGUAUAUCAUGCCAUACAUCCACAUCGACUUACUCUACGAAUGGAAUCUCCUUAUCUAUUCUCAUGCUCAGCUUGCUCGAAAGUGUGCAGUGGUUUCUAUUAUGAGUGUAGCCAAGGAUGUCAUUUCAUGUUGCACGUACAGUGUGCUACGAUUUAUGAGCCAUUGAUCCAUACAAGUCACGUGCAUCCUUUGUUCCUAACAUCUGAACCUGAAGAGUAUAGGAGCUGUUUGAUUUGCCAUGACUCGGGAUUACGUUUUGGUUCUGGUUCUAGUGAGACGUUCAAUUGCAUUGAAUGCGACUUUUCUUUGUGUUUCAAAUGUGCUAGUUUACCUCAAAAGGUGAGGUAUAAGCAUGAUGAACACAUCCUUACUCUUUUUUAUGGAGAUCAAGAAGCAAGUCAGACCAAUCAUAAUUGGUGCGAGAUAUGUGAGAGGAAGAUAAAGCUAGGCAAACGGUUUUAUGCGUGUGAUGAAUGUUGUGUUACUCUACAUAUUAAAUGUUUGCUUGGAAAAGACAUGCACUCGAGCUUCCGUUCAUAUUCCUCCGGUCCUGAAAAGAUCGAUAUUCUACCCAAUAAUCGGAUGACUCGACCGAUAUGCUCCACAUGCCACAAACGUUGUCAACAAAAAAUGGUCUUCCAACGUUAUGGAUCCAAGCAAUGUUCCUUUACUUGUAUGGGAAGAUAUUCUCCUAGCUAAUGUGAAUGUAUAUCAUUAGCUAAUGGUUGUUUCUCUGUAAGUUAUUUUUUGUGUGUAUUGUUGCUUGAUGCUUAUUGAGCUAUUGAUAAAAGUUAUAUAUGUAAUAUAUUUCCAUGUUGGAGAUAGA